AUAGCAGCACCGAACCGAAAUUCAUUUGACAUUGGAAAUUGGCGGCAAAAAUGCUUGCGGACUCGCCAUGACUAACCUAAUGUCAAAGUAAUCAUGCGGUGGAACUAUAAAAACCAUGGCCCAUCACCAACUCAUCAUCAUACCACCACUUACAACAAUCAAGAACACAACAAGCAGUAGCAGCCACAGCAACAGCCGCAGGAGCAAAAAAAGCAACAAAACAAAGAUGGCCAAGUUCUUUACAAUUAUUGCAAUUAUUGGUGUCUCACUGGCUUUGGUGGCAGCUGAGCCGGCUCACUUUAGACAAGCGAAGCGGUCGGGAGCUUUGCGGGCACAAAAGGUGGUGCGCAAGUCAGCACGUCAACAGGUGGCUCCUUCACCCGCCCCCUAUCCCCCGGCUGGUGUAACGCCUGAAAUUCCCUUCGAAUUGCCCACAGAAACUGAACAACCUUUCGCCCAGCCCGAUCCUACCUAUGGACCACCUGAAGUAACCCCCGAUGAAACCUAUGGCCCACCAGAGCCCACACCUGAUGAGACCUAUGGCCCACCAGAAGCCGAUCAACCCGCCAUUACUGAACCCGAUCAAACCUAUGGCCCACCAGAAACCGAAGAAGAGGCAGCAGCCACUCCCGAUGAAACCUAUGGCCCUCCAGAAGCCACCGAACCCGAUCAAACCUAUGGCCCACCAGAACCCGCCACCACUGAUACUGAACCUGCCAUCGAAGAACCAGCCGCCGAAGAAGUUCAACCCGCUGCCGAUUCGGAAUUGGUCGCCCAAAACAUCAUCCAACCAAGACAAAAGCUGGUGCGCAGCCGUUCCCGUCCAGCCAAGUUGCGUGCCCGCAAAUUACCCAUUGCUCCCCGGGCAAGCAUUGUAGAAAUCAUCCGUUCAGAACCGGUUCUCGUUUACACUUUGCAUUAAAGGAAAAGUGUUGUAAACCACAGGUUUACCUCAAUGAAAUUGUAGAACCAAAAUCCCUCUGGUCCAUGUGGUUGUGGGUGGGUAUGUAUGGAACUCACACAGACCCAUGCCAGAGUUAGCUUAUUCCCAAAAAAAACCAAAUACCAAAUAUCAACUACCAACUACAUACAGAUAGGCGGAUAGAGAGAGACUAUGCAGUAAUUUAGUUAAAAUUCAUCUCGGUUAAGUUUUUUAAGUUUGUUAAUGAGAGUGUGUGCGUGUGUGUAUUUUGUUUUGUUAAAGUUCGUUUUUUAUUCAUCUAUAAUUAAAAAUAAUUAAAAUAAACCACAUCUGAAUAUAAAUUUAAAAAUAAAACAGCGUUGUUUUGCAUUUUGGUGGAGUAAACAGGCGAAGGAGGAAAAAUAGAUACAAUUCUUGCUGCUGAUCGGAAUAUGUUUCAUCAAAACUUAAGACGUCAUUCCGAAAGAUGGCA